AAAAUUCAAUAAGUGCAUUUAAUUAUUUUUCUUUAACUCUAUACAACAACACGGUCGUUUCGUGUGUUGUUUCUCUUUGAGCGUCUCCACCUAUGAUUUGUCCAAAUAUUGUUUUGCUUCAUUGCUAAAUGAUUUAUGACGAGACUAAAGACACUUAUCAGUUUUCCUGGACCUCGCUGACGACAGGUGCGACUCACGACGUGCUUUCCACCUGCUCGUUUUAUUGCUGCAGUUUUUACAGUUUAUUUGAGAAGAAAUAUGACGCUGCUAUGCAAGUUUCUUGGUGGAUUUUAUUGGAUACCAAUUCCGUUGCUUAUCUUGAAUAAAGUGGAUAAGGAUGUUAUAGACCAAGUCCUCUGAGGUUUGAGAUUUGAGUUCUUCUGACUAGGGUAUUUAUUUCUAACUUUUAAGAAUCGAUGCAAAAUGAUUCAAAAUGUGAAUAAAAACAAAAAAAUAAAAAACAACCCAGACAUCACAAAAUAUGCCAUGGCUGCUGUAGAUGUAGCCUAAAUAAAAUAAAUAUUAUUAGUAUUUAAAUCCACAUAUCUACAGUAAUUAAUUUAAAUUUAUAAAAACAAAUUUUAUCUGUGUUGUGAUCAUUAUUCUUUGAAAAAGAUCUUCCAUCACUCCAGGACGUGUGGGGAAGGAAAAAAAAACAACAACUCUUUAUUCUGUGGAAGUUUGAGGAGCAUUUUCUAUUGGCUGAGAGCACUCAACAGGAGCAAUGAGGGGAGGAGGGAGGGAGGUGAUGCCGCUAUAAGGCCGACAAGGAUCCUGUCUGAAGGUAAAGGGCCCGCCCAAGACAGCAAGAAGUUUCUGCAUUCUCCACACUUGAUUUUUUAUUUAUUUUUUUAUUUUUGUAGCCUACAUUAUAUCAGCAAUGACAGCAAAAACCAAACUUUUGCACUGGUCAGAUGGGAAAUUUCGGGGACGGCCGGAUGAUUUUUCUCUCUCUGAACAUCCGAGGUUGACCCGCAGUGACCCACGGGCCUGGAUGACCUCCGCGACCCCCGCGUACUCAUCCACAGGUGACCACUACGCUCACUCGUCGGUGGAUGCCGCCAUGGACAAGUACAUGUCUGGAGCCAACAGUCCUUUGACAGCGGAAUCGGAUCUGGGAGGAUCUAAAGCACAUGGGGGGUCUCAGCAAAAUCUCACCGGACCUCAAAGACACAGACGCGUGGCUGCUAACGCGAGAGAAAGGCGGAGGAUGCACGGACUGAACCGAGCAUUUGACAAACUGAGGAGCGUCAUUCCUUCCUUGGAGAACGAGAAAAAACUGUCUAAAUAUGACACUCUUCAGAUGGCGCAGAUUUACAUCACAGAACUGUCCGAGUUGUUGGAAGGUGUUGUGCAGUCGGAUUGCAGAGGUCUGAGGGACGGAUGCAGCGCAUCUGGCAACCAUGGUAACCUUGGUCAGAGGAGUUCAGCUCAGACUUUGAGGACCAGCAUCCCUUACGCACUGGACGCAACUUCUUCUAAUUUUGUUCCAGAAAAAAAUGAUGUCACGUCAAAUGCGAGUGAUGGCGAAUCGUCCCAUUUCAGCGACAUUGAAGAAGGUCAGACUGGUGGACGCUGAUGGCUUUGCCGGAUUGACUUUGAGACUGUGGCACUCUGCUUAAUCAUAAUUUAUUUGUCUGUGUUUUAGUAGACACUGAAAGAACCAAAUAGAUAGGCCCUGUGGAUAAUGGUUAGUUCUUCUAGAAAAUGCUUCAUUAUUUGAUUGACAAAAUUUCUGAAAACUCACAAAAAAAAAAAAAAAAAAAAAAAAAGGAAAGGAAAAAGCUAUACAAGCCCUUUAGUUGCACUUUAAGACAGACACUUGCCUAAAUUUGGAUUUUUCCAUUCCACAUGUACAAAACCUUCAUCAGUAAUGACAAAAAUGCUAUUUAUGUCUCUUUGUGAUUUUUUUAUUACCUCAAAAGUUUAAUAAAGAUUUUCUUUACAUAUA